GGCGGCAGCCAACCUCGGCGCUGAAUGGGCGGGUGGCGUCCGGCUCUGUCCCGCCCGCCGCCGGCCCCCCAUCGGCUGCUCCCGAGGCGCCCGGGUCUCCGCCCGCAGCUGCCUGAGCCCGCCGGGCUGUGAAUGAAAGGCAGGCGCGGCCAGGACUAGCAGCCAGCGACGCGGCUACGCCGGCCUCCCCGCCGAGAUGUACGGUGUGUGUGGCUGCUGCGGUGCCCUUCGUCCCAGGUACAAGAGGCUGGUGGACAAUAUCUUCCCUGAAGAUCCUGAGGAUGGUCUGGUGAAGACCAACAUGGAAAAACUCACCUUCUAUGCCCUCUCAGCGCCUGAAAAACUGGAUCGAAUUGGUGCCUACCUGUCAGAGAGGCUCAUCCGAGAUGUGGGUCGCCAUCGAUAUGGGUACGUGUGUAUUGCCAUGGAGGCGCUGGACCAGCUGCUCAUGGCCUGCCACUGCCAGAGUAUCAACCUCUUCGUGGAAAGCUUCCUCAAAAUGGUAGCCAAGCUGCUGGAGUCAGAGAAGCCGAACCUGCAGAUCCUUGGCACCAACUCGUUUGUGAAGUUCGCCAACAUUGAAGAGGACACCCCCUCCUAUCAUCGAAGCUAUGACUUCUUUGUGUCCCGAUUCAGUGAAAUGUGCCACUCAAGCCACGAUGACCUGGAAAUCAAGACUAAGAUCCGCAUGUCAGGCAUCAAAGGCCUGCAAGGGGUAGUGAGGAAGACGGUGAAUGAUGAGCUGCAGGCCAACAUCUGGGACCCACAGCACAUGGACAAGAUCGUCCCGUCGCUGCUUUUUAAUCUGCAGCACGUGGAAGAGGCAGAGAGCCGGUCUCCCUCGCCCCUCCAAGCACCAGAGAAGGAAAAGGAGAACCCAGCAGAACUGGCUGAGAGGUGCCUGAGAGAGCUCCUGGGCCGGGCAGCCUUUGGCAAUAUCAAGAACGCCAUCAAGCCCGUUCUUAUCCACCUGGAUAACCACUCUCUUUGGGAACCCAAAGUGUUUGCCACCCGUUGCUUUAAAAUCAUCAUGUACUCAAUUCAGCCGCAGCACUCCCACCUGGUUAUCCAGCAGCUCCUGAGCCACCUGGACGCCAACAGCCGCAGCGCGGCGACUGUGCGCGCCGGCAUCGUGGAAGUCCUAUCGGAAGCUGCAAUUAUCGCUGCCACGGGCUCUGUCGGGCCCACGGUACUGGAGAUGUUCAACACCCUGCUGCGGCAGCUGCGGCUCAGCAUCGACUACGCGCUAACUGGGAGCUACGACGGUGCUGUGAGCCUGGGCUCCAAGAUCAUCAAGGAGCAUGAGGAGUGCAUGUUCCAGGAGGCGGUCAUCAAAACUAUCGGCUCCUUCGCCAGCACACUGCCGACCUACCAGCGCUCAGAGGUGAUCCUCUUCAUCAUGAGCAAAGUCCCGCUGCCUUCUGUGCAUCACCCCGUAGAGACCGGACGGACAGGGGAGAAUAGGAACCGGCUGACCCAGAUCAUGUUGCUGAAGUCCCUCCUUCAGGUAUCCACAGGUUUCCAGUGCAACAACAUGAUGUCGGCCCUGCCCAGCAACUUCCUGGACCGCCUUCUCUCUACUGCCCUCAUGGAGGACGCAGAAAUCCGCCUCUUCGUCCUAGAGAUCCUCAUCAGUUUCAUUGAUCGCCAUGGCAACCGCCACAAAUUCUCUACCAUCAGCACCCUUGGUGACAUCUCGGUCCUGAAGUUGAAAGUGGACAAGUGCUCCCGGCAGGACACUGUCUUCAUGAAGAAGCACUCCCAGCAGCUAUACAGGCACAUCUACCUGAGCUGUAAAGAGGAGACGAACAUCCAGAAGCACUACGAGGCACUCUAUGGCCUGCUGGCCCUCAUAAGCAUUGAGCUGGCCAAUGAGGAGGUGGUGGUGGACCUCAUCCGACUGGUGCUGGCUGUUCAGGAUGUGGCUCAGGUCAACGAAGAGAAUCUGCCUACCUAUAACCGCUGUGCGCUCUAUGCUCUGGGUGCAGCCUACCUGAACCUCAUCAGCCAGCUCACAACAGUGCCUGCCUUCUGCCAGCACAUCCACGAGGUGAUAGAGACCAGAAAGAAAGAGGCACCAUACAUGCUUCCUGAGGACGUGUUUGUGGAAAAGCCCAGGCUGUCUCAGAAUCUAGAUGGUGUGGUGAUCGAGUUUCUCUUCCGCCAGAGCAAAAUCAGUGAGGUCCUGGGAGGCAGCGGCUACAAUUCAGACAGGCUCUGUCUGCCCUACAUCCCUCAGCUGACAGAUGAAGAUCGCUUGUCCAAGAGGAAGAGCAUUGGCGAGACCAUUUCCCUUCAGGUAGAGGUGGAGUCCAGGAACAGCCCAGAAAAAGAGGAGCGAGUUCCUGCAGAAGAGAUCACCUAUGAGACACUGAAGAAAGCCAUUGUGGACAGUGUGGCGGUUGAGGAGCAGGAGCGCGAGCGGCAGAGACAGGUGGUAGAGAAAUUCCAGAAAGCGCCCUUUGAGGAAAUUGCAGCCCACUGUGGGGCCCGGGCAUCACUGCUGCAGAGUAAACUCAACCAGAUCUUUGAAAUCACCAUCCGGCCCCCUCCAAGCCCUUCAGGAACCAUCAGCGCAGCCUACGGCCAGCCGCAAAACCACUCCAUCCCUGUCUAUGAGAUGAAGUUUCCUGAUCUGUGUGUAUACUGAACUCCAGGAGACAGAGCUCCUUAGAGGACACAGUCUGCAGGAGGACCACCCCCUGCUCACUCUUGGAAAUCUAGCUGGGAUGGCUAAGAACUUGUCACCUUGGACAGUGAGCAAAGGGGGAGUCUCUGAUCCACUGUGGUCCUCCUUCCUCCUUGUCGUCUUCCGUGAGAAGGGUCCGGCCACCUGUGCUCUGGGCUAAUAAGCAUCUGAUCUGUCUUCUCAUGUAUCAGCCAGGGACAGAGAACCACAGGGACAUCUCCAUUGAGAGGCAAGGGCCUGGGAAGCCUCCACUGCGGAUGUGUCUCUGAGGGAGUGUCAGCCACUCCCAAAGAAAGGAGACUGAUAUCCACAUGGUUGGUCAAAGGAGGGCAGAGGUGGCACUUGGGGAAGUGACCCUGUGAGAGCGCAGAGGUGAUGUCUGCUCUCACCUCUUAAGUCUUGGUUGUCUUACCCAGCAUCCCACCUACUCUCUAGUUGUCUGCGUUUCUUUUUCUACUAUUAAUCAAUGCUGAGGACUUACAGCCAGAGCUGGGGACAGAGACACUGGAGGCAGCAAGGCUAGCAGAAGAGCUGGGGAUGGAGAGGGGCUGGGUCUCCCAGACUGGGUGGCAGCUUCAGCAAAGCACGAGUGUGGUGAGCCUGUGUCCUGGCUGCGUAGCAUCUUCUCACAUCUCUGUCCAGAGGAAGCUUGGGGUGGGUCUUCUCUGGUUCUCUCUCUUCUGGAUGUUUCCUGGUUGUUGAGUUUGGUUCCUGGUGUCUUUGUUUCCACAGCUCUGGGAUGAGAGAAAGCUGAGAAAGUUAGCUGGUUCUACAUGACUGGAGAGUGGGGAGGAAGUGCCAGGGCCCUGAGGCCCGUCCGCAUCACUUCCCCUGGAAGAUGAUCCCAGCAGUAGUGAGGGCUUGAGAGAGAGGCAGGCAGUUGAGCAAGUGGCACUUUAGAAUUUGGGGAAAGAAAGAUUUAACAACUAAGAUUGAAAAAAUAUUUUCCCUCUCUGGGCUAAGUCUGAGACACUGGGGACAAUUGGCCUUGCUUGUAGCCUGGGUAGAGCUGUUAGGGAUCACUUUGGCUUCCAUUUCCCCUAUGUGCCACCUCCCUGUCCCUAUGUGACUCGUGUGUGCUGGGAGCAGCUGACCCAGGACUGGGUGGGUGCAAACAAGGCUACUUGCAGUUAUCUUGGUUUGGCCCUUUCCUGAUGUCCCUCGUAGUGUCUCCGUGCCACUCAGAAUGCCUAGCAGUGGGUGUACGCCACGAUCCAAGAUAGUCCAUCUUUUCCCUUUCAAACUUCCCAUACGUUUUCCAAGCUGUUUUUCUCUCAGGAACAACAUUGCUCCAGAGAUUUUUUGUUUGGUUUGGUUUGGUUUGGUUUGGUUUGGUUUGGUUUGGUUUGGUUUGGUUUGGUUUGGUUUU